GUUGUUUGCGUGACGUUCUGGCAAACGAUUGAGAGAGAGAGAGAGAGAGAGUUGGACCCAAAUACCGUUCUCCAUCCAACCGAUUUGUUGCUAUAAAACUCCCCGCAACCGCACCGAAAGGCGAAACCACUGCCUUUGAAAAUCAACGAGAGAGGGAAAAAGGAAUUAUAGAAGAGAACGAAGCCUCCUCCGUUGCAAUCAUCUCAUCGGGUUUUCCCUCCUUCCGUUGAAUAUCUCCAUAAGCCAUGUCUCAGACUGUUGUGCUCAAGGUUGUAAUGUCCUGCGAGGGAUGCUCGGGGGCUGUAAAGAGGGUGCUAACCAAAAUGGAAGGGGUGGAGUCGUUCGACAUCGACAUGAAGGAGCAGAAAGUUACCGUGAAAGGAAAUGUGCAGCCUGAUGCGGUGCUCCAGACUGUGUCGAAAACCGGGAAGAAGACUUCAUUCUGGGAAGCAGCAGAAGCACCUGCACCUGCUGCUGCUGCUGCAGAAACAAAGGCCGCCUAGACGACGGAGACUACUGUGACUGCUGCAUAGACUUGCUUGUAUCUGACUAAUAAUAUGCAUAUGUAUGUCUCGGAUGUUGUUUACCUUUUCCAAUGAAAUGGUGGAAUUCAGGUUUCUCCUAGAACUCGGGUUUCAGUCCCGGUUUGAUGAUGAACGUGUUGUACCAUGCUCUAAUAGCAGUAGAAGUAAGCGGCAUCCUUUCGAUGAACAAAUUACUUUGUAGUUUGGGUUGUUAUGAUUUAUGAAACAUCGCUGUGUCAUGUAAUAUUUUCCAAUAUACUUGUUUGGGUUGGCGCUUUUGCCUUGUAUUUUUUUUUUAGCUCUCUCAUCAUGAACAAAAUAGAUAACUCUGAUUUGGUUGUUAGGGUUUUGAGUAUAUAAACCCAUGUUUUUAUUGUUCUUCUUCUUUCAUCUACCUGUCUACCUAUAGGAUUAUUUCCAUGGUUUGAAGUAACAAUUCAAUACAAUUUCUUCUAUAAAACUAUCUACUCAAAUAACAGCAUUUUAAUGGCAUCGCAAUUUCAAUUUCAAUUUCACGUAUUUCAACAUUCCCUCACAAUUGAAAAUUCAUUCUAAGCACCCCUAGUAACUUGGAGUUUGAAUAGGUCUGAAAUCUGGCUUGUUUUGACGUUAUAUUAUUAUAGGUUUAGGGUUUAGAUUGCCGUAGGGUCGGGAAAAUAGACCAAACCGUUAGAAAAAAUCGUGGUCCAAACCGGACCACACAGUUUGGUCCGGACCGUAGACCAUUAAGUAUAGUCUGGUCCAUGGUUUGUACUAUUUUGACGUUUUGAUUUCUUGGUCUGGUUUGGUCUAGACCGCGGUUUACCAUACCAAACUGUAGACCCAGCCGACUUUUCAAUACAUGUUAACAACAGCACAUUCGACCACUUUCUCAACUCCAACAACGACAUCCAUGUCUCAACCUUAAUUUUGAGAAUCACGUCCCCUCCUUCAUUCGCAACCACAUUUCUCUAGAGAGUAGAGAUAAUCGUGUCUCUAUGUGAAUUAUGUUAAUGUUUAUGACGUUAUGGUGCAAGUUGGGAUGCUUUUACUUUGUAUCGUUGUUAUGUACUAUGAUUUAGGGUGUCAAAAUUAUUCAUGCAUGUUAGAAUUAAUGUUUUAAUACAAAAAAAAAUUCCUUGGUUAUUGGGUUCAACUUUUUAUGUGGUUGACUAAACAAAUUGUUCAUCUUUCG